AUGCUAGGGGAAUUCUACCGGCAGCGACAGGUGAAUCUGGAUCACGAGGGAAGCUACCAGGCAGUGUUUCGACCGGUGAUAGUGCUCGGUCAGGUUUUUGCAAUAUUCCCGGUUCUGGGGUUCGGAGCUGCCCUAGCCAGUCGAAUUCGAUUCAAGUUGUGCUCCUUUCGGAUGUUGUACUCGGCGCUGUUCCAGCUGGGGGGAUCGAUGAUGUCCGGUUUUUCGUUGGUUACAUUCUGGACGACCGGAGUGGAGUUUUCGAAAAUUUUAUCGUGGAUGUUCUUCACCAUAAACCUAACCAUCACCAUAGGCUUUACAGUGCUGGCCCGUCGCUGGUCCGGGUUGAUGCUGGAGUGGGAAAGCACUGAACAGAGUCUACCCUUUCGCCCUCAACUGGCCGCCAGCAAUAGGAGCGUUCGCCGAAAGGUUCUCAUCAUUAUGACUACUCUGAUGGUGAGUGCCCUGUUUGAACAUGCCCUGGCCAAGCCAGCUGGAUUGUAUCGAGCGUACAGAUGUGGAAUAACGGAUCUUCUGGAAGCACAUCUGAUGCAAGCCUUUCCGGAAAUGUUCUCGUUCAUUCGGUACAAUAUCUACGUGGGAUUUGUGGCUCAGGUCGUGACCAGUGUAUUGACAUUCUACUGGAACUUCGUGGAUUUAUUUUUGAUAGUGCUCAGCAUUGGAUUGCGGCAAAAUGUGCGACACGUAAAUGACAUUAUAUUGAAAUCGAAGGCCCAGCAUCAUUCGGAGACGUUUUGGCACGACUAUCGGAAGCACCACCAGAGGGCGUGCAACUUGGUUCACAUUGUCGGUCGGAACGUGGCCUAUCUGGUGGUCAUUUCUUUUGCGAACAAUACGUUCUUCAUCUGUAUUCAGCUGAUUGGGGUUUUGAAACCAAAUCCGGGAAUUAUCGUCGCCAUCUAUGUGUGGUAUUCGUUGGCACAUCUGAUGACUCGAAUGGUGCUGGUUGCUGUCUACGCUGCUGCGGUGCAUGAUGAGUCUAGGAAGCUUCUGCCUACGUUCAGGACUCUUCCGACGCUGUAUUAUAGCAAGGAGGUCCAACGAUUUCAUCAGCAAAUGGAAAACGAUACGGUGGCGCUGACGGGAUUCAGAUUUUUCCAUCUAACGAGAAAGUUGAUUUUGAAGAUAUCCGGAACGAUAGUGACUUACGAAUUGGUGCUGCUCCAAGUUAAUGACUCCGAAGAGAAAAAUGGCGACCAGAAUCCAUGUACUUAG